UUGUUCCUUUGAACGAAUCGUUCACUCACGAGCCAACACUAAUGUGCCGCCCCCUAACGGCGACGAAGACUGAUGGCGUCGACUUGACCAACGAGAUGGAAGCGGGUCGUGUAGACUUCUACAUAGGCCUCUCUUUGGCCGUGUCCUCCAGUCUUUUUAUCGGCGCAAGUUUCAUCCUGAAGAAGAAAGGCUUGCUGCGAUUGGCCAGCAAGGGGUCCAUGCGAGCAGGUCAAGGAGGAUAUGCUUACCUGAAAGAGUGGCUGUGGUGGGCAGGGCUUAUUUCAAUGGGAGCUGGAGAGGCCGCCAACUUUGCUGCGUAUGCGUUUGCGCCGGCCACGCUCGUCACCCCUUUGGGAGCUUUGAGUGUGCUCGUAAGCGCCGUGCUGUCAUCGUACUUCCUCAACGAGCGUCUGAACAUGCACGGCAAGAUGGGCUGCUUGUUGUGCGUGCUGGGCUCCACCGUCAUGGUGGUGCAUGCCCCCCAGGAGGAGGAGGUGGCCUCCCUCAGCGCCAUGGCGGAAAAGCUGAAAGAGCCAGGCUUCAUUGUUUUUGCUGUGUGCGUUGUGGGCAGCAGCCUGGUGCUUAUCUUCGGCGUGGCACCGCGCUUUGGGCAGAAGAACGUUCUGGUCUACAUCAUGAUCUGCUCCGUCAUCGGCUCCCUGUCCGUGUCUUGCGUCAAGGGGCUGGGCAUCGGCAUUAAGGAACUGGUGGCCGGGAUCGCCGUGCUGAAAGAUCCCCUCUUCUGGUGCUUGCUGGUGAGCCUGGCACUGUGUGUCAGCAUCCAGAUCAGCUACCUGAACAAAGCCCUGGACAUUUUCAACACCUCCAUCGUCACGCCCAUCUACUACGUGUUCUUCACCACGUCCGUCAUGGCCUGCUCCGCCAUCCUCUUUAAGGAGUGGCUACGCUUGAGCAUCGGCGCCGUGGCGGGCACAAUCAGUGGCUUCCUCACCAUCGUACUGGGCAUCUUCCUGCUACACGCCUUCAAGGACAUCACCUUCAGUUGGGACUCCACACCCCUCUAUUUGAGGACGGGGCCGCGGGACUUACGCUUGGGGCCCCGGCCUUACUCCGCCCUCCCGAGCCUGGACAGCCCUGCAGGGGAGAAACGGCCUUUGGGAGAAAGUGUCAAUGGUGAAAGGGCCUCGCGGCAAUAGAAAGCCUCUUGAAAAGAAAUACACUCUGUUGUAUAUACACUGCACUCUAAAAACAAUUUACUAGAAAAUAACCCAACACUGUCAGAACACUGGUUUAUUUAACUUCAGGCAAGAUAAUUGCAUAAAUUGCAGUUCUUCCAAAAGUUGCCCAUGAUGAAUUCAUAUUUUGGUGGAUGGAUGUAUGGAUAAAUAAUGCGGCUACAUCCAACCUAAAAUUUUGCUUUGUCAUGGAUUUGCCAAGAUUGUGAAUUGUUUUUUCCCCCCAUUUAUUUAUGACUGCGUCAUAAACCAAAAACUGCACUUCAUUCACAUUAGUGGACACUGGGCAAGUUGGAAUAAUGGUUCCAAUAAUUCUAAAACUGUACCUCAUACUGUGAGACCAAAGAAAAAAAUAUUCUCCUCCUGUUGA